UGAAUAUGAUGCAAUCAUGGGCGAAAUUACGCGAAUUGUACCUUGCGGCACGUCCAUGCACACAUAACGUACCGCCGAAGCUUCUAGUCCGAAGACAGUGAUUCUUUAGAUUAUUUUCGGGUCACAAAAAAAGGUAAUCUCCAAGAACUCCAUGCUGGGUAUAAAAUCAGUCACAUCCUGGCUCUAUUCUUCAAUCGUUCUUUACCCUCGACUUCAACUGUAUACCUGCAUACCUUCCCCCCUGUUCAAUAUGCAGUUCACCCUCUUUGCAUCCCUCGCCAUCCUCUGCAGCGCUGCUCUUGCUGCCCCUUCUGACCGCCGUGGUGGCUCAGAUACCCUGGCUGAAAUCAUUGCCUACGUUGACAAUGACUUGAACGACGUAACUGUCGACGUCCUCAAGCGUGGUGAUACCCUGGCUGAAGUCCUUGCCUACGUGGACCAUGACUUGAACGACGUAACUGUCGACGUCCUCAAGCGUGAUGAUGCUUUGAUCAAAGUAAUCAUGUCCAGGACGAUUUGGAUAAUCUCACCGUAAAGGUUCUCACCGGGCGUGAUGACGCUUUGAUCAAAGUCAUCGCUGGUAUGGUAUUCUUUUCAAUUCACAGUUCGCCGCUGAAGGCUUUCCCAGACGUU